AUGCCAGCCCCAAGUGCACCUUCUUGCGCUUCGCAGUCAUACGAAACGGUGAAUGGCGAUACCUGUGACAGCAUUGCCAAGUCGAAACUUGUGUCAUCAACUAGUCUCUAUGCACUCAACCCUAUGCUUUUCGACUGCUCAAACAUUCCAGCCGGCACAAAAGUUUGCUUGCCACCAUCAUGUGAGAAGCUCUACGAGGUACAGAAGUCUGACUCGUGUCCGGAUGUUGCUGUGGAGAACCAGGUCUCCUGGCAGGACAUUGUUCUCUGGAACGAGUUGAUUGAUCCAUAUUGCUCAAACCUUGAUCAAACGGAUCCAAACUUUGGAAAGACCAUCUGUAUAUCUCCACCAGGUGGAACCUUCACUAACCCACCUGCCAACGGAACUGGUGGUAAUACUGGUGGUCAUGGUGGCUCCGGCGAUGGAUACUCCGACAACCAGGCCACACUUCCCUCGGGCGCAACCCUGGCACCUGGCACGACGACUCGAUGUGGAGAAUAUUACACGACAAAGGCUGGUGACACUUGUGAGGCCAUUCUUCGUGACUUCAACACACCAGGAGAUCUAUUCAUUGCAGUCAAUCCGUCUCUCAGAAACAUGCAAGGCUGCUCACAGAGGAUCGCCGCGACUCCAGGCCGAACAUAUUGCAUCCAUCCCAACAGGGACUGGAACGCAGCCCAAGCCACGCCUUCUUUGGUUUGA